CGGGUACGACGUCGCUUCUCUUCCCAUCGUGCUGCUGUAUGAUCAUUCCGAGUGAGGCGAGAAAGAGAGAGAAAGAUGAAUCCGGAGAGAGGACAUUGGAAGGGGAGGUUUGAUUUCGUCCUCUCGGCGCUGGGAUUCGCAGUCGGAUUGGCGAACAUCUGGAGGUUCCCCUACCUCUGCUACCUCUAUGGAGGAGGUGCAUUCCUCGUUCCCUACACCUUCAUGCUCUUCUUCAUCGGGAUCCCCAUGUUCCUCCUUAACCUGACCCUCGGCCAAUUCUCGGCCCUCACUCCCACUAAGUGCUUUGGGAAUAUGUCACCUCUGCUCAUUGGAAUCGGGAUCGCCUCCUUCGUCGGCUCGAUCAGGGGCAGCAUGUCCUACAACAUGAUCCUCGCCUGGUCUUUGUAUUACUUCGGCAUCUCCUUUCAACCGGAUCUGCCCUGGACUCAUUGCGGGCAGGACCAUAACACCUAU